AUGCCAUUCAUUGUAAGAGGACGACCCCUGAGGGGGGCACAGUAUGCCGGCAACAAAAGGUCCACUGAUGCAUCGGCCCUCUGGUCAGAAAGUCAAACUCAUCUGCACCAACUCAAUCCACCUGAGCCCCUGCAUGCCCCCGCCAGCAGGGGCAAGCCUGUUGGUUCGUCUCAUGGACUCCUUGGAGCAAACAGCGGCACCCAGGUCCACGCUGGCACUGGUUCUGGUGUCAGCCCAGUUCUUGCUUGGCAUGCGGCUAUUAAGGCCGCUCGCCAAGCGCAGGGCGAUGUUGCAAAGUCUGACAUGAGUCCACAAGCAUCAGCAUGCACCGCGGGAGCUGCGCCCGUUGGCUCCUUGGCACAGAGAAAGAGGCAGCAGUAUGCCAAGAGUAAAAAACAGGGGGGGUCCACUAACAGCAGGCCACCUAGAGCGUUAUUCUGCCUGACGCUCAACAACCCCAUCCGCAGGGCCUGCAUCAGCUUGGUGGAGUGGAAACCAUUCGAUAUAUUUAUACUGUUGUCAAUUUUUGCUAACUGUGUGGCCUUAGCCAUCUACAUCCCUUUCCCUGGAGAUGACUCCAAUUCCACCAACCAAGAGCUGGAAACAGUCGAAUAUGCCUUCCUAAUCAUUUUCACUAUUGAGACAUUUAUGAAGAUUAUUGCCUACGGCCUGGUCAUGCACCAGAACUCCUACGUCAGAAAUGGCUGGAACAUGCUGGACUUUGUCAUCGUCAUCGUAGGCUUGUUCAGUGUGGUCCUGGAGAUGAUAACCAAAGACGCUGACUCGGGUGGCCAGACAGGAGGCAAGCCUGGCGGGUUUGACGUCAAGGCCCUCCGAGCCUUUCGAGUGCUUCGCCCCCUUCGCCUUGUCUCUGGAGUUCCCAGUCUGCAGGUGGUUUUAAACUCCAUCAUUAAAGCCAUGGUCCCUCUGCUUCACAUCGCUCUGCUGGUCCUGUUCGUCAUCAUUAUAUAUGCCAUCAUCGGCCUGGAACUCUUCAUUGGCAAAAUGCACGCUACUUGCUAUGUGAUAAAAACAGGUGCCCUGGCAGAAGAGGAGCCAACGCCAUGUGCUGUGUCUGGCAAUGGUCGUCAUUGCACACUAAACUCGACUGCGUGCAGAGAAGGCUGGCAAGGCCCAAACAAUGGCAUCACCAACUUCGACAAUUUCUUAUUUGCCAUGCUGACUGUGUUCCAGUGCAUCACCAUGGAGGGCUGGACUGAUGUACUCUACUGGAUGAAUGAUGCCAUGGGUUUUGAGCUGCCAUGGGUCUACUUUGUCAGUCUGGUCAUCUUUGGGUCCUUCUUUGUUCUUAACUUGGUUUUGGGUGUCCUCAGUGGCGAAUUCUCCAAAGAGCGAGAGAAAGCCAAGGCACGAGGUGACUUCCAGAAGCUGCGUGAGAAGCAGCAGCUGGAGGAAGACCUGAAAGGAUACCUUGACUGGAUCACUCAAGCCGAGGACAUUGAUCCUGAGAACGAAGAAGAUGGAGACGAGGAGGGAAAGCGCAACAGGGUCACAUUAGCGGAUCUCACUGAGAAGAAGAAGGGAAAGUUUGGCUGGUUCACCCAGUCCACAGAGACGCAGGCAAGCGUGCCCACAAGUGAGACUGAGUCUGUAACCACUGACACGCACAGUGGUGAGGACGACAAAUGGCUAUGCUGUGCUCCUCUUUGUAAAAAAAUUACUAAGUCAAAGUGCAGUCGUCAGGGGCGACGGUGGAAUCGUUUCUGUCGCAGAAAGUGUCGUGCUGCAGUGAAAUCUGUGACAUUCUACUGGCUGGUCAUCAUCUUGGUUUUCCUCAAUACUCUCACCAUCGCCUCGGAACACUACAACCAACCAGACUGGCUCACCGAAGUUCAGGAUGUAGCCAAUAAAGUUCUCCUGGCCAUGUUCACAUUGGAGAUGUUGGUGAAGAUGUACAGUUUGGGGCUGCAGGCCUACUUUGUUUCCUUGUUCAAUCGCUUUGAUUGUUUCGUGGUGUGCGGCGGCAUCAUGGAAACAUUCCUGGUGGAGUUGGCCCUCAUGUCUCCACUCGGCAUCUCUGUCUUCCGUUGUGUUCGACUCCUUAGGAUCUUUAAGGUCACACGGCAUUGGGCAUCAUUGAGCAAUCUGGUGGCCUCUCUGCUCAACUCCAUGAAGUCCAUUGCCUCAUUGUUGCUGCUUCUUUUUCUCUUCAUCAUCAUUUUCUCCCUGCUGGGCAUGCAACUUUUUGGGGGCAAGUUUAACUUUGAUGAGACCGUGACCAAACGAAGCACAUUCGACAACUUUCCCCAAGCCCUACUCACUGUGUUUCAGAUUCUGACAGGAGAAGACUGGAAUACAGUGAUGUAUGAUGGAAUUAUGGCAUACGGUGGUCCAGCUUCCUCUGGAAUGGUGGUUUGCAUUUACUUCAUCAUCCUCUUCAUCUGUGGAAACUACAUCCUGCUAAAUGUGUUCUUGGCCAUUGCUGUCGACAACUUGGCCGAUGCUGAGAGCCUCAACACGGCACAGAAGGAAGAAGAAGAGGCCAAGAUGAGGAGGAACAGUGCAAAAGAGCUGGGCACAGAACAGAGAGUGGAAAUAACACAAGACACUGAUGGAGAGACAAAGGUGCCAGUUGAGCUCUUACUGGAGGAGGACAAAGAACUUUAUUCUGUCACUGACUCACCAGUGUGCUGUGUGGAUGACGACAAUGAAGAUCUUCCCGAACUCCCAGUUGGACCCCGUCCUAAAAGACUGUCUGAACUUACUAUCAAGGAAAAAACUCCUCCCAUCCCAGAAGGCAGCGCCUUUUUCAUAUUUAGCAGUACCAACCCGUUUCGUGUGUUCUGCCAUAAGCUGAUAAACCAUCAGAUCUUCACCAACCUCAUCCUGAUCUUCAUCAUGCUGAGCUCUGUGUCUUUGGCUGCUGAGGACCCCAUACGCAACUUCUCUGCACGCAAUAUUAUACUUGGUUAUUUUGACUAUGCUUUCACGGCAAUCUUUACUGUUGAGAUCCUUUUGAAGAUCCUAGGCUAUGCAGACUAUGUCUUCACUAGUAUGUUUACAUUUGAGAUCCUUAUUAAGAUGACUGCCUUUGGAGCUUUCCUUCAUAAAGGAGCUUUUUGUCGGAACUACUUCAACUUAUUGGACCUGCUGGUUGUCGGAGUGUCGCUGGUGUCCUUUGGUAUUCAGUCCUCUGCAAUCUCAGUUGUAAAAAUUCUUCGUGUUUUGAGAGUCCUCCGGCCACUAAGAGCCAUUAACAGAGCCAAAGGACUUAAGCAUGUGGUCCAGUGCGUGUUUGUCGCCAUCAGGACAAUUGGCAACAUCAUGAUUGUCACGACGCUGCUGCAGUUUAUGUUUGCUUGCAUCGGAGUGCAGCUCUUCAAGGGUAAAUUUUAUCGCUGUACAGACGAUGCAAAGAGCAGCCCUGAUGAAUGCAAAGGCACGUACAUUCUCUACAAUAAUGGAGACACUGCACUGCCCAUGGUCAAGGAGCGGCUGUGGUUCAACAGUGACUUCAAUUUUGACAACGUCCUGAUGGCCAUGAUGGCUCUCUUCACUGUCUCCACCUUUGAAGGAUGGCCCACUCUCUUAUACAAGGCCAUCGACUCGAACCGUGAAAACAUGGGUCCCAUCUACAACUACCGCAUUGAGAUAUCCAUUUUCUUCAUCAUCUACAUUAUCAUCAUUGCCUUCUUCAUGAUGAACAUCUUUGUCGGUUUCGUGAUUGUCACUUUCCAAGAGCAGGGUGAGAAGGAAUACAAGAACUGUGAGCUGGACAAGAACCAGCGUCAGUGUGUGGAAUAUGCUCUCAAAGCCCGUCCCCUGCGGCGCUACAUCCCCAAAAAUCCAUACCAGUACAAGUUCUGGUAUGUGGUCAACUCCACUGGCUUUGAGUAUGUCAUGUUUGUCCUAAUCAUCCUCAACACCCUAUGCCUGGCUAUACAGCACCAUGGUCAGUCUCACCUGUUCAACUAUGCCAUGGACAUCCUGAACAUGGUGUUUACUGGUGUUUUUACUGUUGAGAUGAUCCUCAAGCUUAUUGCCUUCAAACCCAGGGGCUAUGUAGGGGAUGCCUGGAACGUCUUUGACGCCAUGGUGGUGAUUGGCAGUGUAGUCGACAUCAUACUCAGCCAGAACUAUUUUGCUGAUGCAUGGAACACGUUUGAUGCCUUAAUUGUUGUGGGUAGCGUGGUUGACAUUGCCAUCACGGAGAUCAAUUCGGCAGCACUCCCUGUCGUCAAGGUGAUAGUGGAACCAGGGAACACAGAAGACAGUGCUCGCAUCUCCAUCACCUUCUUCCGCCUCUUUCGAGUGAUGCGAUUGGUAAAGUUGCUCAGCAGGGGGGAGGGCAUCCGGACACUCCUGUGGACAUUCAUCAAAUCCUUUCAGGCUCUCCCCUAUGUCGCACUUCUGAUAGCCAUGCUGUUCUUCAUCUAUGCAGUAAUUGGAAUGCAGGUUUUUGGCAAAAUAGCGAUGGUGGAUGGAACACAAAUCAACCGUAACAACAACUUCCAAACAUUCCCUCAGGCUGUCCUGAUGCUCUUCAGAUGUGCCACGGGUGAGGCCUGGCAGGAGAUCAUGUUGGCCUGUCUUCCUGGGAAGUUGUGCGACCAAGAGUCGGACUACAAUCCUGGAGAGGAGAAAACUUGUGGCAGUGGCUUUGCUAUCAUCUACUUCAUCACUUUCUACAUGCUCUGCGCUUUUCUGAUUAUUAACCUGUUUGUUGCCGUCAUCAUGGAUAACUUUGACUAUCUCACGCGGGAUUGGUCCAUUCUUGGGCCACAUCAUUUAGAUGAAUUUAAACGGAUCUGGUCCGAAUACGACCCAGAGGCAAAGGGCAGGAUAAAACACCUGGAUGUGGUAACCCUGCUGAGGAGAAUCCAACCUCCCCUUGGUUUUGGCAAGCUCUGCCCACACAGGGUGGCGUGCAAGCGUCUGGUUGCGAUGAACAUGCCUCUGAACAGCGAUGGCACAGUUAUGUUCAAUGCCACCUUGUUUGCCCUGGUACGCACUGCUCUGAAGAUCAAAACAGAAGGUAACUUGGAACAAGCUAACGAGGAGCUACGAGCUGUGAUCAAGAAAAUUUGGAAAAGAACUAGCAUGAAAAUGUUGGAUCAAGUAGUGCCCCCAGCAGGUGAUGACGAGGUAACAGUGGGGAAGUUCUAUGCCACCUUCUUGAUACAGGACUACUUCAGGAAGUUCAAGAGGCGCAAAGAGAAAGGCCUCGUGGGUAGGCGUUCAUUCGACAGGAUUAACACCACUAUGGCUCUGCAGGCCGGCCUGCGCACACUACAUGAUAUCGGACCUGAAAUACGUCGAGCCAUAUCAUGUGACUUGCAGGAUGAGGGGCUUGUUGAUUUGACCGAGGAGGAAGACGAGGGAAUUUACAGGCGCAAUGGCGGCCUUUUCGGUAACCAUGUCAACCACGUCAGUGCGACUCUGCAAGGCUCCACACACCCGACCACUGUCACUCAACGUCCUCUACAGAUCCUCCCCUUUUCCUGCAGUGCCUCAGUAGAACCCACCCAGAUGGGUCCAAGGGAAAAUGACAGAAGCGAGGAGACAGAAAUUACCUCCUCACCUGUCCAGUACAAUCAUCAUCAUCACACCUCUCAUCACUCUGACUACUCCUGCUUUAAUUCGAAUCACCAACAAUUAGCUGUACCCUCCAACGCCAACCUAAACAAUGCCAAUGUGCCACUGCUUCUCUCCGUGACCCGUGGGAGACAGCAGAAAUGUUUGUUAUCGACAGACCGCCUGUCAUCCGCCAAAACGGGAUCACCAGUGUCCACCCGCAAAAAGCCAUGGAAAUCACUCUCCAUGAGGAGGCACUGCUAUGAGGCCUACAUUAGGUCAGAGGUUGGGAGGGGACGCCGCACUGUCUGUCCCAUAUCUGAGCCACGGAAAGCUGACAGUGAUGAAGAGCAAGGCUCAGUAGAGUACUACUACAGUGGGGAUGAGUCCCAGGAAGAUGACAUCAUGCUCGCUAGGGACCGGGUUCCCACCCAAGACUCCAACAACAUAGAGGGUGAAUUUGACGCUGAGGUGUCAAGCAUGGAACAUCAAUCAGAUUGUUUUUAUGAUGAUGACCAGCAGCCCAUAUGCCAAGACGGCAAGCAGUCACCUCGCAGAUGGCUUUUAGCGUCACCAAAAGCCCUCAACAGACCAACCUUCAGUUUUGAGUGUCUUCGCAGAAGAAAUAGUCAGGAGGAAGCUCCGCCUUCUCCUUCUUGCACAGCUCUGCCACUGCACCUGUUGCAGCAACAGGUCAUGGCGGUGGCUGGUCUAGAUGCCAGUAAACUUCAGCGUCUGUCCCCCACGCGGUCUGUGCAUUCCUGGGCCACACCCCCUGCGUCCCCUCUAGCCUACGAUUCGUCACCCUGCUACACCCCGCUCAUACAGGUGGACUGGAGAAGUUCAGGAAGUGUUGGCAACAUCCCAGCUUCGGUAAAGAGGAGUUCAUGGUACACUGAUGGACGAGACAGCACCGCCCAUGGUGAACACUCCCACUCACGACUCCAGCUUCCUGCUAAGAGUUGCUCACGUUUCCUGAAGAAGGGAGGCAGUGCCAACAGUCUAGUAGAGGCUGCGUUGAUAUCUGAGGGUCUGGGUAGAUAUGCCAGGGACCCCAAUUUUGUGUCCGCCACCAAACAUGAGAUUGCAGACGCAUGCGACAUGACCAUUGACGAGAUGGAGAGCGCCGCCAGUAAUCUGCUGAACGGCAGCCUGGCUGACACUAGCAGGGACGCGGCGGUAAACGCGGAUCCUGUUGUGCAAAACAUGCGGGACUACAGUGACGAGGAGAUGUAUGUGGCCAUGAAACGAGAGGAGGAUCUCACGGAUGAGAUGAUUUGCGUCUCGUCACUAUAG